CUGCUUUUAUUGUUAUCAUUUCAAUGACAGAAUAUCGUAUUGAGCGUGACACUUUUGGCGAGCUAAAAGUACCUUCCAAUUGCUAUUGGGGUGCUCAAACACAAAGAUCCUUACAAAACUUUAAGAUUGGUGGUGCUACUGAGCGUAUGCCACCAGAAUUGAUUAGAGCUUUUGGUAUUUUGAAAAAGGCUGCUGCUAAAGUCAACCUUGAGUUUGGUUUAGAUCCUAAAAUUUCAGAAGCUAUACAACAAGCCGCUGAUGAAGUUAUUAGUGGUAAGCAUGAUGAUCAAUUUCCGUUAGUUGUUUGGCAGACUGGCUCUGGUACCCAAACACAUAUGAACGUCAAUGAGGUACUUUCUAAUAGAGCUAUCGAGAUCUUGGGUGGUCAGUUAGGUAGCAAGAAUCCCGUUCAUCCAAAUGAUCAUGUCAACAUGAGUCAAUCCUCUAAUGACACUUUUCCAACAGCUAUGCACAUUGCCGCCGUUGUCGAGAUUAAUAAUGAUCUAAUUCCGGCCUUGACUGAACUUCGCGAUGCCCUUCAAGCUAAAUCUGAUGAGUUUAACGAUAUUAUUAAAAUAGGACGCACACACUUACAAGACGCUACACCCCUAACACUUGGCCAAGAGUUUUCAGGUUAUGUUCAGCAACUUCAAUUUGCUAUUGACCGUAUCAAGUCUACUUUACCCCGCUUGUCUUAUUUGGCUCAGGGAGGUACUGCUGUAGGCACUGGUCUUAAUACUCGUAAAGGAUUUGAUGUUAAGAUCGCUCAAGCCGUUUCUGAAUCGACAGGGUUCGACUUUAAGACAGCUCCUAACAAGUUUGAGGCAUUAGCUAGUAAUGAUGCCAUGGUUGAAUGUUCAGGUGCUCUCAACACAAUUGCUGUAUCACUUAUGAAGAUUGCUAAUGAUAUUAGACUUUUGGGUUCGGGUCCUCGUUGUGGAUUAGGUGAGUUAAGUUUGCCCGAAAAUGAACCUGGUUCGUCUAUCAUGCCUGGCAAAGUGAACCCAACUCAAUGUGAGGCAAUGACAAUGGUUUGUGCACAGGUUAUGGGCAAUCAUACAACUGUAACCGUUUCAGGUAGCUAUGGUCAUUUUGAAUUAAAUGUAUUUAAGCCAGUUAUCAUUAAGAAUGUGCUUCAAUCAAUCAAACUAUUAAGUGAUGUGUGUCGUUCAUUUACAAGAAAUUGUGUAGUGGGUAUUAUUGCUAAUCGAGAUCAAAUUAAACUUAUUAUGAACAAGUCACUCAUGUUAGUGACAUCAUUAAAUCCUGUCAUUGGAUAUGACAAAGCAGCUGAAUGUGCCAAAAAAGCACACAAAGAAGGCACUACUCUUAAAGAAGCUGUUUUAUCUUUGGGAUAUUUGUCCUCAGAACAAUAUGAUGAUACAGUUAGACCUGAACUUAUGAUUCAUCCUCAAUAAAAUUUAUUUUAUUUUUUUUAAAGUAUAAUACAUCUAAUUGUUCUUGCACAUGUUGACAAAUCAUUUUAGCUUGUUCUCCUCGAUCAUUCUCUAACAAUGAUUCAAGUUUGCAUUUAAGCCGUGUAUCCAGCAUCCAAUUCACAUAAGCUUGUUCAACCAAUUGGGUGUCAAGUUUAUUUAAGAUUUGAAAAGAGGUUAGCAAAUUACAGCGUAGCAUUGCUAGUUGUUUUCGGCUAAAUUCCAGAUCAGUAGCUAGUUGAUAAUGUUCUAUGCUAUACCAUGCGGUAUCACGGUGUUUUGUUGCCUCUAAAAACGCUUUAUAACUAUAGAACAACAUGAAUACAUGUUCCUUUUCUUUUUUUCUUUUUUUUUUU